AUGGGGUGGCUGAGAGCCGUGCGCGAUGAGACAACUGAGUUGAAGUCCAAUCCGAAUCGAUCAAGCGUUGAAACGAGAGCAAAUCUGGAAUUGGACGAAGAACGUACCUUUUGUACUGAAAGGCUUCCCAUCAGUGCAUCUUUGCAUCCGCAAGAGCUGCAGCCUCUUCCAUUCGUCCCUCACGGUACCCCCGAUUCUGAGCUGCCUUUUCUUUCCGCCGCGGAAGUUUCUCUGACUGCUCAAAAAUUCGCAAGCGAUCAGGAAGAACAGUUGUACAUUAUUGUGGAUGAGAUAGUGUACAAUUGCACGCAAUUCGUCCAUGAACAUCCAGGUGGUCCUUGA